AGAGGAUAACAACGUUCCUCCUUCUUGGGCUCAGUUUUGGGACCGGCUGACGGGCUGAACGGGCGACGGAUGAAGAAACUUGGCACAAUCACACCGAGAUCCGACAUUCAGAGGGGGUCCAACCUGCUGUCGGAAACUGACUGAGACGCCACGCAAGAGGAGCGGGAAAGAAACCAACAGAGAGAGCGUUGGUGAGAGAGAGGAAGAUAUAAGCCAACGGGAAGAAAGAAAAAAGAAAAAAAAAGAAAGGGGAGGAGGAGUGACUGACACCUGCCCUCCAGCUCAGUGUGAAGGGCACGGAGUGAGAGAGUGAGGGGCGGGGUAUGAAAAGAGGUAAAACAGAGGAGAGAAUGAAGACAACCGGAAAACAAGCCCUGCCUCUCAGCAAACCUCGCUCAAAUUAGGACAUCUCGCCCCAAGACAAGAUGAUUACAAGAAAUCUGCUCCUUUUGGUUUCCCUUUGCCUGUGGGAGGGGCUCGCAGGAUCUGCCGCGGCCAAUAAGAUCGUACGGAGGAGAGGGGUGGGCGGAUCGCACACGCUGAAACUAGGGGAUAGCAGAGCUGUGGACCAAUGGGACGCAAGCGUUGACAGCAACGCUAUGACUUUGGUGACUCUUAGGAACCCGAUGAGCCAUGAGCAGGCGGGUGACCCCGUCGCCGUUACUUAUUCCAAAAUGUUGCAGAGUCAUGCCGCUCCAUCGGUGGCGAACAAGGAGAGGCAAGCUUUCAAGCCCAAGCGUGAGGUUGACUCAGUCAACAGAAAAGAAGUGACUUUGCACAUUUUAGACAAUACCAAGGAGCUAAACCAGGAUGUGAAGAAAGUCAAAAACAACACCAAGAACGCUGAGACCUCCACCAGAACAGGAAGGCCGGACAAGACAUUCAUAAUCCGCCGUAUACCGGAUCUACACACCAAUAAAUCCAGGUUCAAAUCAGGCCUGAGAUCCAGGACCAGACCCGAUUUGAGUGUCCACACCACAGGUGUGCCAGGGAAAGGAUUCAGCAUUGAUACAAGCCGAAAGCUUAACCUUACAGGCAGCUACGGGGUUCUCAAGCUGCUGUCGAAAGACAACCUAGUUCGGAUCAUAAAUUCUCAAAUGCAGAGCGCUCCCAGCCUGAGCUUUCCAGGCAAGGGCAGCCGGAGCAGGAAGAGAGAUUUGAUUGACGUUAAUCACGGACAGUUAGAGGCUCAGAGAGUGCAGAGACAAGAUAUAGCUGUCACUCAGCCUCACACUGGAUUGGAUAAUCAGACAGCAUUUCCUUAUUUAAGCCCAGUCACCACCCCGGAUCUUAAUAGAGACCAGGGAGCCGACAAUCGUAUUAAUCCACUUAGUGAAGUGGACCCAGUUAUAAGUACAGGGCAGGGCAACUUGGGGAAGCAGAGAUCAGACGGCGGAGAUAGCAAGAGCAAACACCUCGUCCGCUUACUGUCAACACCUCACAGCGAGGUCAGUCUCAGCCCCGAGAAAGUGGCAAUAAUCACCCAAACAGAACCACCAUUUCCAUCAGCAAAACUUCUCCCGCUGCGCAUUCCCUCUGAAAUGGAUGAUUCUCCGCUGUCUGCGCUGACAGCACAUCCCCCGGGAGUCCGACCGGGGAGCAGAGCCGCAGAUCCCCAUAGAGACCCAUUAACGGAGUCAGCUCACUCUGCUCAAACAGAAGUCAGCACAGCUCAGCACCCCGCAGAUGAAGACAACCAACCUGUCAACAGCAGUCAUGUCCUGAGGCUCCGCCCCGCCCCAGAGUGGAGCCGCGACGGCAAAGACGCCGGGAUGCAAGUUUCUGCCGAUCCCAGAGACGAGAAGGGCCUUGUGUUUGAGGAGGUCGAGGAGACAGAGGAGAAGGAGGAGGCGGAGGAGGCGCCUGACCACACGGAAUUGACGAGGCCGCGGUCUCGCAGCAGGAGGAGCUGGAUCUGGAACCAGUUCUUUGUGAUCGAAGAGUACGCCGGGCCUGAACCUGUGCUCAUCGGACGGCUGCACACCGACAUGGACAGGAACGAUGGACGCACUAAAUACGUCCUGCGAGGCGAGGGGGCCGGCUCGGUUUUCGUGAUAGACGAGAAGACAGGUAACAUCCACGUCACCAAGCCACUGGACCGGGAGGAGAAGGACGAAUACCGUCUCAUCGCCACGGCCACCGACAGGCAGACAGACCGCGCCCUGGAGCCCUCCUCGCAGUUCCUCAUCCGGGUGCAAGACAUCAACGACAACCCGCCUAUCUUUGACGAAGGCCCCUACAGCGCCAUCGUGCCUGAGAUGGCAAAUAUAGGCACGUCUAUAAUCCAGGUGACAGCGACAGAUGCUGAUGACCCGACUUAUGGCAACAGCGCCAAGCUAGUGUACACACUGGUGCAGGGCCAGCAGUACUUCUCUGUCGAUCCCCAGACAGGCAUUCUGCGCACGGCUGUGCCUGACAUGGACAGGGAGACCCAGGACCAGUACCUGGUCCUGCUUCAGGCCAAGGACAUGGGGGGCCACCUGGGCGGAUUAUCCGGGACCACCACCGUCACCGUGAGGCUCAGCGACGUCAACGACAACCCGCCGCGCUUCACCCAGAGUAUGUGGUCCUUCUCCGUGUCCGAGCUGGCCAUCCCGGGGGCCGAGAUUGGGCGCAUCUCAGCGGCCGACGCCGAUCUGGGCGAGAACGCUAGGCUGGACUACACCAUCCUGGAGGGGGAGACCGGGGAGACGUUCAACAUCACGGGAGUGAACCAAGAGGCGGUCAUCACGCUCAACAAGGCGGUCGACUAUGAGAGCCGAAGCUCCUACUCCUUCUCCGUGGAGGUCCUCAACCCCAUAGUAGAUCCUCGCUUCUUGCGCCGAGGCCCCUUUAAGGACCGGGCUUCCAUCCGAGUAGCAGUGCUGGAUGCAGACGAGCCACCGAGGUUCUCCCGAGCACGCUACCACAUGGACGUGUCUGAAAACUGCCCGCCGGCCUGCACUGUGGGCCGGGUCAGCGCCGUCGACCCCGAUACUGGUCUCACCAACAACAUCAGGUUCUCUAUUGAUCCCCAGUCGGACCCGGAGGCUCUGUUCCGUAUCACUCCAGACACCGGCCUCAUCACCACGGCCAUGGAGCUGGACCGCGAACGCGACCAUUGGCACAACAUUACUGUCAUCGCCACGCAGAGAGACAAUCCCAGCCAGGUGUCCAGAGUUCUGGUUGCGAUAGAGACAUUAGACCUGAAUGACAACGCACCGGAGCUGGACCGUCAAUACACAACGGCCAUUUGCGACUCAUCGACCAUCGGGCAGGUGGUGCAGGUGUUGCGGGCGAUUGAUAGAGAUGAGGGAGGGAAUGACAGCACCGUGUAUUUCAGCAUCCCUCCGGAGUCUGGCGCCGCCCUCAACUUUAGCGUCAGGGACAGUGGUGGCCCCACAGCGAGCCUGGUGCUGCUCUCCCAGCUGCUGCCGCUGUCCCGCUCCGCAGCCUCCACCCUGACGCUCCACGUGCCGCUGGUGCUGAGGGACGGGACGUCAGGCCUCACCAACACCGGGACGGUCACCGUGUCCGUCUGUCCCUGCCUGAGAGGAGGGGCCCGCGCCGGGGAGAAGGGGAAGGACAAAGAGACGGAGGGCGAGUGGGACUGGGAAAGAGAGGCGGUGUGUCUCCCCCAGCAAUCUUCCCUGCCCUCCCCCGGGCUCAGCACCGCCGCCCUGCUGGCCAUCCUGGCGUGUGUCGCCACUCUACUGGCGGUGAGCGCCCUCUCGUUGUCACUGCGCCGGCAGAAACGCGACUCCCUUUCGCCGCUGGAGGAGGACGAUGUGCGCGAGAACAUCAUAACGUAUGACGACGAGGGUGGCGGCGAGGCCGACACGGCCGCCUUCGACAUCGCCGCGCUCCAGAGCGCCCCGCACAGCUCUCGCUCACGCGGAUAUCGCACGCUGGACAGCAGGAACGUACGUUACGCCGAUCAAAAUCAAGAAAAAGCUCGCACCUACAGCUGGGCCCAGAAUCCGAGCAUGGAGCACAACUACUCAGGACCAGGGGGGCCUCUCUAUGGCCGCAUCUGUUACAGCAGCCACACGCUACCUGUCCUCCGACGCACGCCGGCCGGAGCAUUCGAGCCGGGCCUCGCAGAGCUGGGAUACCGCUUUCCUGGAGGCCAGCCGGACCACUCUCUGGUCAUCCAGAACCAGGGGGCCGUGGUGGGGCCGAUGGAGUCCAGCAACUUGCCGAUAUACAUAGCUGCCACAGACCUCAGCACGGGGAGCCGGAAUGGAAGCCGGGACGGGGUCGCUCCCCAGAGCGGGGUAAGCACGUCGGACGGCGGCACCCCGAGGACCAGCGACAGUCAGGAGCGAGGGGGGGGGACGGGAACAGCCAGCAACUGUACUGAUGGGAGCGCUGAGGACAAAGCGAACCACAGCCAAGAUGGCGACUGGAAGCAUACUCUACCCCAGCCCCAAACUGAAACCACUCGUGCUCACCUACAAUCACUCCAGGUGCAGUCGGAGUCGCUGCCCAGGGAGCAUCACCUCGUCAUGACCCGAUCCGGCUCCAUGAUGGGCCAGUGUCACGCCGCAGGAGGAUGGGUGUGCGACUCGGCUACUCUUCCCAUGGCGGGACGCGGGGCCUCCCGCGGGGGCCAGUCCCCAAAGCGCAGAAGCUCUGGUCAGGGCGAAUCUGACUCCAGCUGUGGCGGAGGAGUGGGGGGAAGGGGCAGUGGAAGUGGUGGCGUCUCCACGGAUGGACAACAGCAACUUGCCAAUGGCCGUAACUACGCCACUGUCCUGCAGGGGGAGGUGUCCGGGCAGAGGGACUAUCCCGGUAGCUUGGGGAGAGGAGGACUGGAGAUGGGGAGCAACUUUGUGGUGGCGAGGCCAGACAGGGAGGGCGGGGGGAUAUCGUCUGUCUACCCGGAAGCGGCCGGCUUCAUUGGGGACUGGCGUGAUCGUAUGGGUCUCGGUGGGUAUGUGUUGGGCAGGAGGGAUAUGACCCCCCAGCUCUUUCCCUUCCCGGGGCAGCCUCGUGGAGCGUAUGGCGGGGUGAUGGGCUUCGGUGGAGGCUGGGCUCCUGCAAUGGAGGCCGCGAGAGGAGCCCCGGGGCCCGGCGGUCCCUCCUUGGCACUCAGGGUGGGAGAGUUCCUCCGUCUGCGUCUCGCCCAGGUCACCUUUGACCCAUCGCAGCCGCCGUACGACUCUGUGCAGGUGUACGGCCUGGAGGGCACAGGGUCCAGGGCCGGAUCCCUCAGCUCCCUCGAGAGCGAAGGGGAGAAGGAUGCGGAGAAGGAGGAGUGGGGGGCGGGGCUGGAGGAGUGGGGACCCCAGUUCCACAAAUUAGCCCAACUCUUCCAAGACAGGGAGAAGGAAAGGGAAGAGAAGGAAAAAGAUGAUGUUGGUGCAAAAAAGGAGAACGAAAGGAAAGAUAAACAGGGGAAGAUUGAGAAAAAAGAGGUACGGGAGCCGGCCGGGGGCGAGGAGAAAGACUGAGGGAGGAAAAAAACAAAACAAAUAGGGGCAAAGGGGUUGAGGGAGAAUCGGAGGAUGAUGAAAAGGCAACCAGACCUAGAGUAAUGGGAAGAGAAGUUAAAGGAGAGAAAGAUGAAGAGGAGAAGUAAUAAAAAGAGACAGAGAAAAAUGAGCCGAGGGAGGGUGGAGAGUGCGAGGGCAGGGAGGGAGUGAUUGAUGUAAUUUAAAGCAAUAAGUGUUGAAACGCUGAUAUGGUUGAGCACAGAUACGGAGACAAUGCGGAGGCUGCUUCUGCUCCGGGCAGCAACAAUUUGUUAAACGCCUUGGACAAAGAAAAACAACCCAAACACCCAAGACUCGAUUUAAUUCAACUCACAACAUAUAUGGAAUGAGAAACAGCAGGAAACAAGAAGAAGGACGUUUACUCAUUGUCUGUGUGUGUGUGUGUGUGUGUGUGUGUGUGUGUGUUUAUGUUUUGGUCUGCUUUUUGCAUUGUAGUGUCCGUUGGAGCGCAAAGGAAUAUGGAUACGUGGAAGAGAUUGUACAUGUGAGUGUAUAUUUAUUGGAGAGAGGGACAAAAUUGGCGGGGAGGAAAAUUAUGAUACCCAGACGAUUUAAAGAUGAGAACGACGUUGAGUGGGUGCAAAAUACAAACAGUUUUAACGAGGAAGUUUAAGAAACCAGGAUAACACAUAGGCGGGGAGAGGGGCGGGGGUGGGGACGUAUGUAUAGAGAGAAACGGUCAGGGGGGGUGAGACAAUUGUACAGAAAUUGUUACUUUUCAUUCUGUCUGCAGUGGCAGGAAAGUGAAUAAUUCACUUCAUUCCAAAUGAAAAUGAUUAAUCAUUUAAAUCUCGCAAAAGAUUCCCCCUCCGCUCAGCCCACAGGGAAACCGAUAUUGUUAAAUAUUUAAGUGAUUUACGGAUGUGAUCCUUCCCCCUCCCCACCCCCAGCCCUCUUACUCCCUCAAGCUUUUUGUAGUUGAGUGUUGGUAUGUUUACAAAGGCUUACACACACACACACACACAGAAAAACUGACGAGCACCAUAAGGCUUUGAUUGUACUACAGUGAAUUAUAAAAGCAAAACCAUUCACAAGUGUUCCAUUUGCUUCGUGCAGCGACAAUGACUCUCUUAAAUGUUUUUAUGGAAGAAGUCUCCUAUUUUUUGGGCGUAAUCCCACUUUGGUCCGAAAUUGACCCGUCUUGAGGACACGGUAUGCAUGAUUGUGUGUAUGAACCAAACAAGUCAAUGAAUUCCAUUUCGACUACUCGCGCUCCCCAAAUGAAAAGGUCCACAGCUCUGUGAUGAAGUUAUAGGGGGAACAACAACACAGACGCUCCCAGCAAAAGGAUUUUUCUUUUUCCUGUUAAAGGUCAGGAUGCCAAUGAGCUGGAGUUUUCAGCUGGGAUGCACUCUUUCUUUUUUUACCGUGUGAUGUCCAAUAAUAGAUAACAAAUCCCAUCGAAGAUAAGUUAUUUUAUAAGAUGUCAAUGAAACAAAAAAAAGAUACAAUGUUUGACUGUACGUAAAAGCAUUCCAAAUGUAAAUACCACUGAAUAUUAUUGCUAAAAGAGAGUAUAUAAAGUGAAUAAUGAGUAAUAAAAAAAAUAAUCUAAAAAAAUCUAAAACAGAACAGCACCGUGUGGACCGUCUAUAUGUGCCGUAGAUUAGAAACCACUGAGCAGGACUCAACAGCCACUUGGACUGAAAACAGCACCAUGUACUCUACACCUGUGUAAUAAGUGGACAGGUUUUGGUUGGCGGUAGCACUCAUCUGAGAUGGACAAGCCAGGGAUUCAAUAAUACAUGGGCCCUCUGGCAGAGGUUUGUUGAGCAGAAUCUGGGUAAGAAGAAGCAUCAGAGCCCAGCUGGUCCCAGCGAGGAUCCCAGUAGGAUGAGCAUCUAAUGGAGCGGGGGGGGGAGGAAUUCCCCUGAUGGGCGCGCAACAAAAAUUCUGUAUGUUCUUUCCCGCUAAAACCCGGAUAACUAUUCUGCAAAAGAGGAAUGAAACCCUGAAACUGAAUUUUUAAUAGUUCUGUCAUUAGUGUUGCACUGCAUGAGAGGAAUUAAACAAAGUUUCAUGGAUGGUAACUUAUCUCAAGACAUAUAAUAAACUGUACAAUUAAGAGUAAGAUUUCUAAUAAAAGAUUGGGGAAAGUGACUGUCCAUUAAAUGCUCUCUGUAUUUCAGGCAACUCAGUGACCAUAUAAUGCAUUUCUGCUGUGCCUUCGCCUUGAUUUUCUAAUUUUGUGGAAUAAUAACCCAACAUACAUUUUUUCAAGCCCACAGUGGAAUUUCUCCUUCAUGUCCUAACCUGAAUGUGGACGUCACAGAAAUGUCCCAGUGUGUCACCGGUUCAUUGUAAAGCUGCCCACACAGGCCAAGCUGUCUGCUUUAGUGUUGUCCACUGUUUGGUCCACCCAUACAUCUUGUUGUCAAGGACUGCUUCAGACGACACUUUAACCAGGCAGGACGUCAGUGCACAAACAAACCUCUAUACCCUUUACCCGAGCAACAGGCUUGUGCACACAGGGCCAUUGUGCUAACUGCAUGGUAUCAGGACCAAUGUACAAAUACUGCACACAACAACCAGAGAAGAGAGGGGGGGGGAGGGGGUUGCAGAACCUUGGCUAAGUCAUUAAGCUGAUGAUCAAUACCUCAACACCCUAAAGCUACGUAAAUCUUUCAUCGGCCAUGAGACACUCGGGCAGCCUUGCAGGACAAUUCGAGUUUAUCACAAGUCGGUCUUAUUUUUUUAGUUUAUAGUCAAAUUGGGAAACAAACAGAAGCCUACAUGUGUAUAAAAACCCAAGGUAAGAACUCUCUGUUCUAAGCAUACAAAUGGAUUACAGCGAGCUAACUUGUUGCUUCCCAAAGGUAUUUGAUGCUACAAUGAUUACAAAAAUGAAAACACUCAUCUGGUGAUAGCUAGCUGCCACUUUGUAACAUUACGACUUAAUUACAACCUACUGUUAUCUCUGACCUUGUGUCUUUCUCUUUAUCUUACUUUGUUGUAAAAAAGUUAGGAAUAGGGUUAGAGGUUAGGGUUACUUUCUCUCGACAAUUAUUGAGUUGUGUACAAUUUUAUAACUCAUAGAAACUAUGGUCAAAACAAGGCUCAAAUAGUAUUAGCGGAAAGAGGAUUUAUCUUUUGAAGCUUUAUUUGAGUUAAAUCCCGAUUUAGACUGGAUGGAACAAAACGGUAAUACCACUGCUACACCUAGAAAAUGGCUGCCAAAGAACUUUCGAACCAUUUUGUCAUGAGAACAAUUAUCAUUUUGAAGAGCACCAAUGUGUCGCUCUGCCAAUGCAUCAUCUGGGCCCAGUUUUUUUUUUUAGCAUUUGGGGCAGAAUGUGCCAACUUCCUGAGUCUCUCCGUCUCGCAACACAGAAAAAGCUCUUCCUCGUUUCAUAGCAGUGUCGCAAUUUUCAGACAGCACUGCAACAGCAAUUACAAGGAAGUCAACUUCUUGCCUCGCCAAUUAUGCCGUUUAUUCCAUAGUCCUGAUUGGCUCCAGGUGUUCCUCUUCCCUGAUUGGUCAAAAUCAAAUGAUUUGUCUUAAUCCCAGUCCUGGAGUGCUGUGCUGACUAAACCUCUCGACGGAGGUGAUUAUGCCACCUCCUGAGCCCGGGAGAGUGGCUCAAUCAACAGCAUGAUUAGUUGAAUCAGUUCUUUUUAAAUAGAAUAAAAGCCUGCGCUCUGUGCAGCCCUCCUGGCCCAGACUUACUGACCCAGUGUGACUGAUGAAAGUGGACCUGUCAGGCCAUUUGUCAAGUCCUCCGUCCAAAAACAAAAGCCCUAAUAUACUGAAAGUCCCUCUCAAGGGACUCGAUCAGCUAUCGUUUAGCAUUUAGAUCUGUUAACAUAGCUUAGGGGUGCAGGUGGAAGAUCCUCUCAAGUCCUCUCAACCCCUGACGGGUAGACCGCUUCGGUUCUGUGGCCCCCUCCCCUCCCCUGGUCGACUUCAUCACGUCUGCACGAUGCUGAUACAGUUUCCACAAUCGCGUGCUGAACAAAGUGUAUUUAUUUCUGUUGUACUUUUCUUUUUGUAAAUUUGAAUAAAAAAGGAAUUAUUUCAAAAAGAUGA